GUCGCGACACAUCAGAUCACGUCACUUGAAGCAAUAGUAAAGGUCCUAACACUGCAGCUACGCUAAAAUCGCUAUCAACAUUCGGACGACACCCUUCUAGUAAUUGCGGUACGUUUUAAUUAAUCGUUGUUUUUGUAGUCUGCGUUUUUUGCUAUGCGCCUAAAUACGUACCACUGUAAAUUGAGAAUGUUUCGCAACAUUGCGAGUCAAGAGGAAGAACUGAAGCUUCCCGAAAAGUGCACAAGUUUAUUGAAAAUGGGUAGCAUUAUUUGUUCACGAUUUUGAAUAUGUCACAUUUAGAUUGUUGCAAUAUUAUGCAACCGCGAAUAGUGAAUAGGGAAUUCUCGUCGUUAUUUAGUAUGUCGCACACAAUCCUUUUUUUGGAUUGUUGUAUUUUGAAACCUCUCAGCGGAAACGGUGCUUGGUUCGCCUGUUAAUGACGCUUUCGGAAGUGGGAUGUGGCCAGAUUGUAUUUAUGCUGCUGCUCAAGAUAUGAUAAUCAUUGAAUCAGCGCGCCUCGCCAGCUGUGCUUCACUGCGGGUCACAGCGAGGGUAACAGCGUUGCUCCCCGUCACUGAAAUCGCUACCGGGAGGCGAACGGAGCCGCUGUGUUUUUGCUUUCGUCUGGAUUGGACUACUUCCCAAAAGACUUAACAACAUUACGCCCAAGCACUUUAUUGCAACUGCAUCCAGGGCGUUGGUUACAUAAUAAGUAUGUGAAUCCAUAGUGUUAUUUUGAAAAAUAUGUAUAUUUGAGUUGAGGACGAAGAUAACUGGGUCUCGUCGUUGAUUACAAAUAUCGGCAAGUCAGCAUCAUCAAGUGAUGAUGGAGUCCUCUAUAGCCCUCGGGGUCAACAUUAGCCCGUGUAUUUCUCCCGGUGCCUCCACUAAAGAGGUGAGCGGUCACCGGCUCGUUGGAACACAAGGACCAGCGCACCUGAAUGGUUGCGUGCCGCUGUCACAUCAGGUCGCGGGUCACAAGUAUGGAGUGGAUAAAGUGGGGAUUCUGCAGCAUCCAGAUGGAACAGUCCUAAAGCAACUCCAGCCUCCACCUAGAGGACCAAGGGAGAUGCAGUUUUACAGCAUGGUAUACGCAGAGGACUGCUGUGACCCUUGCCUUCUUGAGCUCCAGACCCAUCUUCCAAAAUAUUACGGCACCUUGUCCUCUCCUGAGGCACCUAAUGACGUGUACAUGAAGCUGGAAGACGUGACUCGACACUUCAUCAAGCCGUGCAUCAUGGAUGUGAAGCUGGGCCAGCGAAGCUACGAUCCGUUCGCCUCGCAGGAGAAAAGGGAGCAACAGAUCAGAAAGUACCCACUGAUGGAGGAGAUAGGCUUCCUGGUCCUCGGCAUGAGGGUCUACAAUCUGUGCAGUGACACUGUUGACACAUUUGACCAGCACUACGGGAGGGGACUUUUGAAGGACACCAUUAAAGAUGGCUUGGCAAAAUUCUUUCACAAUGGUGUUUGUCUGAGGAAGGACGCAGUCAUCGCCAGCAUUUGCAGAGUGCAGAAUAUCCUUCACUGGUUUGAGUCUCAGCGUCAGCUCGUUUUCUACGCCAGCUCCCUCCUCUUCGUCUACGAGGGCCUCCCCUCUUCGUCCACCCCGAACACCUUCCCCCUCAUCGGCACCCCGGCGAACAGCCCGGCUACUGUCGACAAAAGUUGGGAUGGGGAGGAUGUCGGAAGACAGGAGGAAGGAGAAAAGAUUGAAAAGAUGGCAGAGUAUAACAACAACAACAACAUUCAGGGGGCGGUGCCCUAUGAUUGCACCUUAGACUCUAAUUACACCAAUUGCAGGAAAGGUGGCCUCCAUCUUUGUGCCAAGGCUCACCUGAAAGGCAGCAGUGGAGAUGCUGCCACUGUGGGCACAACACCUUGCCAACCAGUUUCUGUCGCGAAACUGCCACAGCAAGACAACUCUACGUGGUUGUCUCAACAACCACCAAACGGAAAUGCAAACAAAUCCCAAAUUCAAGGGAAGGGUGAGGAUGGAGAGCACAGGAAGAGCAGCAGGAGAGAAGAGGGUGUUGUGCAGGGAGGAGGGGAGGCAAAGCGCUUGAGUGAAGGCACGGCGCAGGUGGCGGUCAAGAUGAUCGACUUUGCCCACGUUUUUCCCAGCGAGAGCCACGAUCAUGGCUACAUCUAUGGCCUCAAGCACCUGCUGACCGUAUUGAAGCAGAUACUCUCUGAUGACGCUUAAACCCGUCCUCUCUUGACCUGGAAGUGAACCACUGUCUUUGCCUAUCUGUCCAGUCUCCCUCCUGGAUCUUGGAACCAUCAUCUUCAUCGUCAUCAUCUCACCUGAUUGUUAUAUGUGUUAGUGAUUGUUUUCUAGUGGAAGUCACAAAGGCUGACAGUUGUCGAGAUUAGCAGCUCUCCAUGCACUAACCAAUCCCUUUUGAAGGCAUUCGGACCCUUUGCUUCAGUCAGCGGGGAGGGCCGCUGACUCUCGCAUCACACAAGCUCCAAAAUGUGACCCUACAUUUGAAAUGCACUGGAUUUGACAAGUCUAUUUUUAUAUUGAGGCCACUGAGGAGGGGAAAAGAAUAAAAUGAAACUAUUAGGAUUGUGUUGUAUAUCAGAACAUCUCAAAUCCUGAGUGAGCCAGAGAUUUUUAUGUAUUGUUUAUACUAUAGUAAUUAUUUGAUACUAUUUAUAGAAGUUUUAGGUUUUAGAUUUGUGGUUGAUUCUGUGGAUGCUGAGAGACAAGCUUUCACUGCCAUAAUCCAUAAAAAUAUUUUUGGGGUCAUUAUUAUUAUAGUUUGGGUUAUUUUAAUUUAUUUUAUUUUUUUAGCUGCAGCACCACAACCUUUGGCAUUGGUGGGCUGCUACCCCCAAAAUUGCUUCUAAAACUCUUUUGCACACAAAUUACAAAGGCCAAAUCAAUAAUGGAAAAUGCUAAAUUCUUAUUAUUAUUUUUCCACCAAGAGGUUCUGUUCACAGUUUCAAUAAUACUUGUAAGAAAAAAAUGGCAGAUUUUUUUCUCUUGUAUUAUUUUAACAUCCACACAUUACAAAAUCACGCCAAAAGAAGUCAUUAUGUUCAAUCAAACAUACAUUUAAAAACAAAAAAACUUUGUGUCAAUUUUUCUCCUUUUUCUUUUGCCAUGUUGACAUCUCUCAGCAUUCACAUUUGAUUUUUGAGGAAAUUUCUAUUUUUCAAAAAAGAUGUCUUCCCAAAUUCCAUUUCUGCGUGAUUGACUAUACAAUAGCACAAGGAGCAGUCAUAAAGUAAUGAGACUAAUUUAAUGUAAUUUACUAAUAAUUACAACAAAGAAAAAGUAAAAAGUUUUUUUGCAGUUGGUAGUAUAAAUACAUUUUUGUAGCUUUAUUGAAAGAAACUUGCAAGCCUGUCAUCUCCCUGUCGGUUAUUUUUUAAAUGAGGUCUUGUUGGAUGCCUAUCAGAACCAGAGAGCUGUGAAUGAAUUUCUUGCUUAGAAGGUUCCAACCCGCCCCCCUCCCAAAUAAAAAAAACUUAAUGUUUCUGAACUACAAAUCAGGCCUUUCUAGAGAAACAAUUAUUCACUGGUUAAAUUAAAUUAGGGUCCUUACUUUCUGACUGUCCCUCCUGUGAUUUGUAUUUGUCGAUAAUACUCGUGAUUAUUUAGUGAUCCAUAAUGUCCACUUGGACCUUAAAACUUUAUCCUGCUGUUGCCAUUAAAUAACAUUGGAAAAGUCAUCAAAGCAAUACAGCUUGCUGGAAUGUUGAAUAAUGAAAAUCAACUGUAAAUACAAGAGUCACUUGAUUCAUAUUUUGGCGCUGAAUAACAAUUAUUAUGAACUGGAUGUGCAUUAUUUUGGUUCAAAGUGCAUUUUUAGCAGCUCUUCUACAAACAACCCACCAACUGGAAUUUGGGUUCCCUGAAUCCCAUAAAUGGCUUUGAAUGCAAAUUUUUCAAUCUUCAACUGACACACUUUACUUCCACCCAAUUUCUAGACAUUGAAACUUGGGCUGUCACUUUGUGGUUUUUUUUUUUUUUUUAACCCAUGUCAACAGGGAUCUAACUCAGGUAAUUCACACCAAGAAUACAUGCAGUAGUUACCAGGACGCCAUUUUCAUCUCAGCCAGAUGAUCCUCUUGCUGACUCCAAAUGGUCCCUCUAGAUGUUUUAAGUUCAUGUCAUCCUUUUUUCUCCUCUUCAUCUUAUGAAUUGCAAUAUGCAUUUUGCCGUGGUUUUGAUAACGGUUAAACCACCCGAACACCGUUGAAGUUGGGACAUUGUGUUUAACAAAAAAAAAAAACAAUACAGUGAUUUGCAAAUCAUAUUCAACCUGUAUUUAAAUUAUUUCACUACAAUAGAAGAGAAUAUAUAUAAUGUUCAAAGUGAUAAACCUUUGUGUUUUUAGCCACUAAUCAUUAGCUUAGAAUUUCAUGGCUGCAACACAUUCCAAAAAAGCUGGGACAGGUUCAUGUUUACCAUCGUUACAUCACCUUUUCUUUUAAGGACACUAAUUGUUGAAGCUUUGUAGAUGGAAUUCUUUCCUAUUUUUGCUCGAUGUACAACCUCAGGGUCUCCUUUGUUGUAAUUUACUCUUAAUAAUGCGGCACACGUUUUCAAAAGGAGACAACUAUGUACUGCAGGUAGGUCAGUCUAGUACCCAGAUUCUUUUAUUAUGAAGCUAUGCUAUUGUAAUGCAUGCAGAUUGUGGUUUGGAAUUGUGUUUUUGAAAUAAGCAAGGGUGUCCCUGAAAAGAGCAGUGCUUGGAUGGCAGGAUCUCCAAGACCUGUAUAUUAUGUACCUUUCAGCAUUAAUGGCACUUUCACAUAUGUGUAAGUCACCCAUGCCAUUGGCACUAACAGUCCCAUACUAUCAGAUUCUGGUUUUUGAACUUUCCAUCCAUAGUAGUUCGGAUGGUUCUUUUCCUCUUUGUACUGGAGGACACAACGUCCACAAUUUCCAAAAACAAUUUGGAAGUCGUCGGACCACAGAACACACUUCCACUUAGACUGAGAUGAGCUCAGGGUCAAAGAAGCCGGCGGCAUUUCUGGGUGUUGUUGAUAAAUGACUUUUGCUUUGCAUAAUAGAGUUUCAAGUUGCACUUGCCAAUGUCGUGCUGAACUGUACUGACAUUGGUGUUCUCAAGUGUUCCUGAGCCCCUGUGGCGAUAUCCCUUACACAUUGAAGUCAGUUUUUGAUGCAGUGCACCCUCAGGGAUCAGAGGUCACAGGCAUUCAAUGUUAGUUUUCUGUUUUGCACCUUAGAUGCAGUGAUUUCUCCAGAUUCUUGUUCACAAAGAGGUGAACCUCACCCCAUCUUUGGUUGAUAAUGACUAAGUGAUUCAGGGAACCCCCUUUUAUAACCAAUCAUGGUACCUAGCUGUUCUCAAUUAGCCUAUUCACCUGUGGUAUGAUUCAAACCAGUGUUGGAUGAGCAUUCCUCAUCUUUCUGUCAUUUUGCCACCUGUCCCUGAUUUUUUUUUAACAUGUUGCAGCCAUAAAAUUCCGAGUUGAUUAUUUGCCAAAAACAAAGCUUAUCUGGUUGAACAUUAAAUAUCUUGUCUUUGUAGUGUAUUCAAUUAAAUGUAGGUUGAAAGUGAUGUGCAAAUCAUUGUUUUCUACUUUUAUGUUUAAAGCAGUGCCCCCAACUUAAUUGGAAUUGUACAUGCCUUGCUGUCACACACCCUCCUUCAAGUCUAGUCCUUGUUAUAGUUCUAUCUGCAACCUUGCAAUCCCACUUUAAUGAUAGAAAGUAAAACGAGUCCAUGAGAGUGUAAUGCCCAUGACGCAACAUAGCAACAGGCCCAUCUGUAAUUUUUGCUGUCAGAAAGCGGUACAACUAAGGCACCAAAGCUAGUUCUGAUACAGGAUCUAAGGUCACAACUUUUACGUCAACUUUUAAGAUUGUAGUAAAGAAAGUUUCUCUGCGAGACAGGAAUGGAGAAAGACAGCAACUGAAUGGACUUUUAGUGAAUAUGUCUCGUGUUGGGCAUUGUGUGGAUGCUUAGAAAUGAGUCCUUUGAAACUGUCAAGGCAACUUAAGUGAAUUAAUUCCCUUUUUUUGUCCGAUUUUCCCAAUAUUUACAGUUGCAUACUAUUUAUAGGUGUUUCUACGUAGAUCCAUGGACUGACACUGCACAUAUCCUCCAUAGUGUACGUUUGGUGAUAUUAGCCAAUGUAAUGCAAUGAGUGACAGAUGAUUGAUGUUAACCCAAAGCAAGCUUGGUCAAGACCAAACUUAUCUUGACACUAAAACUAUUUGGAACCAGUGAGCUGAUGUGAAAACAGGCACACAAAAGAAGACCCUUGUUCUUAACUCCUUUGAUUUCAGUUCCUUAACUUUGCUGGUGAAAGAGCGUCUCCUGUUGUUCCUUUCACCAACAAACUUUUUUUUUUGGUAUUUUUUUUAAAUGUAAAAAUAAGGCUGUUGAUUGUGAUUUUUAAAAUUGCUGCUGAGCAUUUCGCUUCCAUCGUUGAGAUCAUAACUGGCUCCUUAUUAUGUUUCAACACUGCAGGCUGCGUUAAAUGUAUGUACGUAUGAGACUUACUGCACCACUUUGAUUUAAAUGAGAUGCACAGGCCUUUGACAGUUUAUGUAGUUGGACAAUUAAACAUUGUAAAUAUUUUAAUUGAUUUUUACUUUAACUCAAAUAAGUGCAUUUUUAUUUGAUCCUAAAUGCAAAAAGACAAGCUGAAUAAUUUUUUUUGUUCCUUUUCCUUUUUUUUUUUUGUCUUGUUUACAAUUUUUUCCACCUGUACCUCCUUUAUGUGGUCUCAAUUAUUUUUUUUUUGUUUGUUUUUGUGUUUUGUACAUUGUUCAUUCCGGCAGCUUUAUAAAUCUCUUGUUCAUUUGGCUUGCAAGCUAAAAAAUGUCAUAUCAUGCAUAUUUACACAGGGAAUCAUUAAUAAAUUAUUUUGUGUAAUGACUAUAA